AUGGCAGACGCUGUGCCACAGCAUUCCCGGCAACGUAAUAGAUCCACCAGCAGUGGCAAGUCCAAGCGCAGUGGCUCAUCCAAGAAGCAGAAGGCCGAGAAGGCCGAGAAUGCCACCAUCACCCCUGAACCAUGGAAGCUGUUCAUCAGUCGAGUGGCUCUUUCUGGCAUGACGGAGGACUCAUGGACGGAGGAGAGUGAGAGGGCGUUGGAUAAAUUCAUCAUAGACACCACAAUCUCAACCAUGGUGGUGUAUUUGGACUCUCACACAGGGUUACGGGUGGAGUACGUCAUGCCCUCCCAGGUGGUGGAGCAGCUGGCCUACUUCAUCCGUGCGCCAGAGGCAGUAAUCGCAGCGGAGACGUUUGAGAUGGCCGUGCAGUUUGGCACAGCGCGGGGCGAUGCCACGCAAAGCCUGCUGAGGCUGAUGAACGGCGUGUAUGCCCCCCUGAUAACCCUCAGCACCGCCUGGCCGGAGAGCAUCAAGCUUGUUUUAACCCCCAACAUGCACCACUUCCUCACCAGCCUCACGGAUGCCAGGUUUAAGAUGGAGGGCCAAACUAUGCUGUACAUCCCAAUGGAGAGCCUGCAGCGCAGCCCUGAGGAGGCCAGCAAGGACAAGGACCUAGUAAAGAGACUCGAGAUUGUGAUAAUCCACUGGACGCGUAAAAUCAAGGAGCUGCUGGAUUGCCAGGAGACGAUCGACAUUCAGGACAAUUCCGGCCCACUAGAGGAGAUAGACUUCUGGAGGAGACGCUGUGUCAACCUGUUAGGCGUCAGCCAGCAACUGCAAAAGCCAGUGGUCAAGCACAUCCAAAGUGUCCUGCAGAUCGCUAGGUCCUUUUACGUACCACAGUUCUCCAGACUCACCGCGGAGAUACAGAACAUCUCUCUGCAGGCCCAGUCCAACCUGUCCUUCCUGUCCCUACUGAAGGAGCCCUGUGAGGAGCUGGCCCAGCUCCAGCCCAGCCAGGUGGCUCCCAAGCUGCGACACAUUGUCAGUCUCAUCCGCAUCAUUUGGGUCAACUCCCCCUACUACAAUAACAAAGAGAGGAUCACCACUCUCCUCCAAAAGAUGGGUAAUGAGAUCAUCCGCCUGUGCUGUCGGAGCAUCUCUCUGGACAGGAUCUUUGAGGGAUACGUGAUCUCGAGCAAGCAGAAGCUCGAAGAAUGCAUCCAGUGCUGCCGUGCCUGGAAGAAUAUCUACGUUUGUGCCUCAUGGAUGCACCACAAGCAUUCUUCAAAAGGAUGGGUCCUGGACCAGACCAGUAUUUUUACUCUGCUUGAUGCCUUUGUACAGAGGUGCACAGACCUGCUUGAGGUGUGUGACUGCCAGCAGCAGUUUGCCCGGUGGGAGGAGGGCCAGCAGAGAGUCCUGCCGUGCUUCGGUGGGCGCAAGGGGCCGGAGGUCACCCGCUGCCUGCUGGCGGGGGAGAGCACCUUUCACCGCAUUCUGCAGACCCUGCGCUCCGUUGGCAAGGGCACACUGGAUGUCAGGAAUUCCUCCUGGCACGACAUUUUCAGCAGUUUUCGUGCACAGGUAAAGGAUUUGGAAAUGAUGAUGCAGAACCUGAUCAGUUCAGCGUUUUCUACGGUGAACACAGUGGAAGAAAGAGUUUGGCUGCUGGAUUUCUUCACACCCAUGUCUGCCCGAGAGGCCAUCAAGCGUACUACAGACAGGAUGACAAUGGAAGUGUACAUCAACUUUAACAAUAUCAUCAAAAUGGUCAGUAAUGAGCUGAGCCAGAGGACCAAGAUUUAUCUUCACCAUAUCCCCCAGAUACCAGGUGAGGUCCACUGGGUGAGAGCCCUCAGACAUCGCAUGGAGACACCCAUAGAGGUGUUUCAGAGGGCCCACUUCAUGGUUGGGGUAGGCUUUGGCGAUGAGGUGCUUUUUGACCAGGGUCAGCUGGUUCAGAUCCUGGAUGAGCUGGUGAGGAAGAACUUCAGUGAGUGGAGCCAGAACCUGGAUCGACAGAGCCUCAAGAGGCUAGAGCAGCCCCUCAUUGUGCGCUGUAAAAUGAACACCAACAAGCUGGACAUCAACUUUGACAAGAAUCUCUUGACCUUGUUCUCAGAGAUCCACUAUUGGGAGCGACUGAAGUUUGAGAUCCCCCACUGUAUAUCCGACAUCUACCAGCACAGGGACGAGCUCAGGGUCCUCAAGGAGAAUGUACUGCUGUUGGUCAGGGACUACAACAGGAUCAUCGGAGCGCUGUCUCCUGACGAGUUAGGUCUGUUCCGGGAGCGAAUUCGUCUCCUGGAUAAGAAGAUUCAGCCAGGGAUGACCAAGCUGGUGUGGUCGUCUAUAGGAGCCUCCAACAUCUUCGUCAGCAACUGUCAUGUGCACGUUGGCAAGGUCCAGCUGAUUGUUGAUAAAUAUAAAGUAGCCAAUCUGGCCAUCUCUGACCUCUGUCACAAGAUCAGUGAAACUUUGCUGGUCAAAAUGGAUGGCAGGACUGUGUACAGGGACUUGGAAUUUGAGGAUGACCAGAGGGCUCACCGACAGAACAAGCUCCAGACAAUGUGCUCAGCACACCAGGAUAUUGUUAACAUCAUGACCCGAGUCCAUGAAACCUUCCGCAAUGACGGACCUGAGGUCCAGCAGUACUGGGUGACCUACACAGAGAAGAUUGACCGCAUGGUGGAGGAGGCUCUGAGGCGCAACAUCAAGCGCUCCCUGCAGGAGCUGUCCAAGGCCAUCAGUGCAGACAACCCCCUCUUCAGGGUGCAGGUGGUACUGCGGCAGGGGUCUCCUCAGACCACAGCACAGGUGGGGUUCUCCCCAAAGCUCCAGAAGCUGGCUGACAUUGUGAACAACAUCACUCCUCAGCUCAUCAACACCAUCUCAGCCUUCAAACGGCUGCCUGACCUUCUCACCUGCAAACGCUCACAGAGGAAUCCUAUACACACCAUGAUCGAACAGGAUGAGGAGAUAGUGAAGAUCAAGACUGCUGUGGCAGCUGGGAUGUCAGCCAACGCCAGCCACUUGCAGGCCUACCAGAAGACCUGGGACAAGCACAGAGAGAUCUGGGAGCUCAACAAGAACUCAUUUAUACAACGUUACCAGAGACUCAAUCCGCCAGUGUCCUCCUUUGAUGCAGACAUAGCCAGGUACGCAGAGGUGGCCAACAACAUUCAGCAGGAAGAGACGGUGCUGUGCAUCCAGUUUGUCAUGCUGGACUGUUCCCCACUCAAGUUCUCACUGGUGCAGCACUGCAACGAGUGGCAGGGCAAGUUCACCCAGCAGCUCAGCCUCAUGGCCAGCACCAGCCUCAAAGAGAUACACAGCUUCAUGCAAAACAGUGCCAACAGGCUGAGCCAGCCCCCUCAGACCCUGGUGGAGCUUGGUGAGAGUCUGAAACUCUUGGAGACUAUCCAAGGUGAUCUGGCCAACAGAGAGGCUCAGAUCCCUCUCAUCCAUGAGCAGUUCGCUGUCCUGGACAAAUACGAGGUCACCAUGGAACAGGCUGUCCAGGAGGCACUGGAGGAGCUGAAUGGGAAGUGGGUGUGGUUCCAGCAGGUGGUGGUGGAUGGCAAAAUCAUGUUGGAGAAGCACAAGGAGAAGUUCAAGAACAGCCUCAUCCUCUCUGCUGAGGAGUUCAAGAAGAAGACGCAGACUGGUGUGAAGGAGUUUAACAGCACAGGUCCGUUUAGCAGUAGUGUGAGCACUGAGUUGGCCUUGGAGCAGAUAGCAGCACUCCGCAGCCAGUUGGAGGCCCUGAAACAGGAGGAGAACACCAUCGUCCACAGCUUGGCCAUGUUCAAGAUAGAACAACCCUGCUCCAAAGACAUCCAGAUGAUGGAGAAGGACCUCAGCUACCUCCAGCAAGUUUGGGAGAUCACACAGGAGUGGAAUUCCAACUGGGACAAAUGGAAGGGCGGUCAGCUUGCUAUUCUGCAGACUGAGAGCAUGGAGCACACAGCACAGGCCACAUUCAAGAAACUGCACAAACUUAGCAGAGAACUCAAGGACAAGCAGUGGGACAUUGUAGGCUUCACCAAGAACAAGAUUGACCAGUUCAAGAGGACCAUUCCUCUCAUUGCUGAUCUUAGGAACCCUGCCAUGAGAGACAGGCACUGGCAGCAGAUUCGCCAUGAGCUGCAGGUUUCCUUUGACCAAACCAGUGCUGCGUUCACCCUGGACAAGAUCAUAUCCCUGGGCCUGGACCAGUAUGCUGACAGGAUCUGCGAGAUCUCUGGGGCUGCCAGCAAGGAGCUCUCCAUAGAACAGGGUCUGGAGGGCAUCGCUAAGACAUGGGAGGAGAUGAUCCUGGACAUUGCACCUUACAAAGACAAGGGCCACCACCGGCUAAGGGGAACAGAAGAGGUUUUCCUGGCCUUGGAGGACAACCAGGUGACCCUGUCCACCAUGAAGGCAUCCCGGUUCGUCAAGGCAUUUGAGCAGGAGGUGGACCGCUGGGAGCGCUGCCUCUCCCUGGUGCUGGAGGUCAUCGAGAUGAUCCUCACUGUGCAGCGCCAGUGGAUGUACCUGGAGAACAUUUUCCAGGGGAAGGACAUCCGGGAGCGUUUGCCUCAUGAGUCCAAAGAGUUUGAUGACAUCAACUCCAGUUGGAAAACCAUCAUGGACCGACUCCACAAGGACAACAACGCGCUGCGGGGGACACACCAUGCUGGCCUGCUGGAGAAGCUGACAGAGAUGAUAAUUAAGCUGGAGGAGAUCCAGAAGGCUCUGGACAUGUACCUGGAAACCAAAAGGCAGAUCUUCCCCAGGUUCUACUUCCUGUCUAACGACGACUUGCUGGAGAUCUUGGGGCAGUCCCGCAAUCCUGACGCCAUGCAGCCCCACCUCAAGAAGUGCUUUGAUAACAUCAAGAGUCUCCGCAUUGGCAAGGCGGGACUCGUUGGCAGGAAGUCUGAGGCCAGCGGAAUGUUCUCUGCUGAUGGGGAGUUUGUUGAGUUCACCCAGGCGGUGCCACUGGACAGACCUGUGGAGGCCUGGCUGUGUGAGGUUGAGAAGGCCAUGCGCAGUACUUUGAAGCAUUAUUUGAAGAGCUGCCGUUCAGCCCUGACAAAAAUGACGAAGCAGAGAGACAAAUGGGUCAAAGAUUGGCCAGGACAGAUGCUGAUUACAGCCAGUCAGAUCCAGUGGACUGCUGACGUCACUAAAUCUCUCAUCACCUGCAAGGAGAAUGGCGACAAGUCUGCCCUUGUGUCCAUGAAGAAGGCACAGGUGUCCAUGCUCCACUGUUACUCAGAGUCCAUCCGUGGCAAACUGUCCAAAAUCCUGCGUCUGAAGAUUGUAGCACUGGUCACAGUAGAGGUCCAUGCUCGAGAUGUCAUUGAUAAGCUGGCCAAGGCGGGAUGCAAUGACGUCAAUGCUUUCGACUGGCUCUGCCAGCUGCGACUGUACUGGGAAAAGGAGGUGGAAGACUGCAUAAUCCGACAGACAAACACACACUUUAAAUAUGGUUAUGAGUACUUGGGAAACUCUGGACGGCUUGUCAUCACCCCACUCACUGACAGGUGUUACAUGACCCUGACCACAGCACUCUAUCUCCAUCGUGGGGGCUCCCCUAAAGGUCCAGCUGGCACUGGGAAGACUGAGACAGUCAAGGACCUGGGCAAAGCUCUGGGCAUGUACGUCAUCGUAGUCAACUGCUCUGAAGGACUAGACUAUAAAUCCAUGGGACGCAUGUACUCUGGUCUGGCACAGACGGGAGCGUGGGGCUGCUUCGACGAGUUCAACCGGAUCAACAUUGAGGUGCUGUCGGUGGUGGCCCAGCAGAUCCUCUCCAUUCUCUCCGCCCUCUCCGCUGGACAGACGAGGUUCCUCUUUGAUGGACAGGAGAUACCCCUGGUGUGGUCUUGUGGCAUCUUCAUCACCAUGAACCCCGGCUAUGCUGGUCGUACUGAGCUGCCAGACAACCUCAAGUCCAUGUUCAGGCCCAUCUCCAUGGUUGUGCCUGAUUCUACUCUCAUCGCUGAGAUCACACUGUUUGGAGAGGGCUUCAGCAACUGCAAGCUCCUGGCUAAGAAGGUGUUCACCCUUUACUCCCUGGCGGUGCAGCAGCUGUCUAAACAGGACCACUAUGAUUUUGGCCUGCGUGCCCUCACCUCGCUGCUCCGUUAUGCCGGCAAGAAGCGACGCUCCUGCCCCAAUGUGGCCGAUGAUGAGAUCCUGCUAAUGUCUAUGAAGGACAUGAACAUCGCCAAGCUGACCUCCAUCGACCUGCCGCUGUUCAGUGGGAUCAUCCAAGACCUAUUUCCUGGUGUGAACACCCCCACCAUAGACUAUGGCAAGUUGAAAGAGGCCAUAGAGGCAGAGCUCCGGCAGAGCGGUCUGCAGGUGACUCCCUUCACCCUCACCAAGGUCAUUCAGCUGUUCGAGACCAAAAACUCCCGUCAUUCUUCCAUGCUGGUGGGCAAAACGGGUAGUGGCAAGACGGUCACCUGGAGGACCCUGCAAAAUGCCCUCAUCACGCUGCACCGCAAAAAAGAACCUGGCUUCCAGCUGGUCCGGGUGUAUCCUUUGAACCCCAAGGCAGUGAGUCUGGGAGAGCUGUACGGAGAGAACAACCUCUCCACCAAUGAGUGGACAGAUGGAGUGCUCUCGUCCCUCAUGAGAUCGGCCUGUGCAGAUGAGAAGCCGGAUGAGAAGUGGAUUGUGUUUGAUGGGCCUGUAGAUACACUGUGGAUAGAGAGUAUGAACUCCGUUAUGGAUGACAACAAGGUGCUCACGCUUAUCAAUGGAGAGAGAAUCUCCAUGCCUGAACAGGUAUCUUUGCUGUUUGAAGUGGAGGACUUGGCAGUGGCCUCUCCAGCUACUGUGUCUCGCUGUGGGAUGGUCUACACAGACUGCUCUGCUCUGGGAUGGAAGCCCUUUGUUCAAUCCUGGCUGGACAAACGGCACAAGGUUGAAGCGGGUCAUCUGAAGCCUCUGUUUGAGAAAUAUACAGAGGAGACAUUGGCCUUCAAGAAGAAGAGCUGCAAGGAGCUGGUCCCCAUCACAGACCUCAACAGCGUCACCUCUCUCUGCCGCCUCUACGACUCCCUGGCCACGUCCAGCAAUGGGGUGAAUCCAUUGGACACAGAGCACUAUGGUCGGAUGGUGGAGCUCUGGUUCAUCUUCAGCCUCAUCUGGUCCGUCUGUGCCUCUGUGGAUGAGGACGGCCGCAAGAAAAUAGAUAACUUCCUACGGGAUAUGGAGGGCACCUUCCCCAACAAGGACACUAUCUACGAAUAUUAUGUGGACACAAAGAACAAAACCUGGGCUACUUUUGAAGAUAAGCUGCCAAAGGGCUGGCGUUACACUGCCAAUGCUCCAUUCUAUAAGAUCAUGGUUCCUACAGUGGACACAGUGCGCUAUAACUUCCUGGUUAACGCUCUGGUGUUGGGGCAGUACCCGGUGCUGCUUACUGGGCCGGUGGGCACCGGUAAAACUUCAGUGGCUCAGGGUGUCCUGCAGGGCCUGGAUAACUCCAAGUGGGCAUUCCUCACUAUCAACAUGUCUUCACAGACCACCUCCAAUAAUGUGCAGGCCAUUGUGGAGAGCCGCGUGGAGAAGAGAACCAAAGGUGUGUUUGUUCCGGCUGGUGGUAAGCACCUGCUGUGCUUCCUGGAUGACCUCAACAUGCCGGCACAGGACCACUUUGGCUCCCAGCCACCACUGGAGCUGUUGCGCCUCUGGAUCGACUACGGCUUCUGGUAUGACCGCCAGAAGCAGACACUCAAGUGUGUCAAGGACAUGUUCUUAUUGGCAUCCAUGGGGCCCCCUGGUGGGGGGAGGACUCAUAUCUCUGGCCGCCUACAGAGUCGCUUCAACCUCAUCAAUAUGACCUUCCCUAAUGACUCGCAGAUCAAGCGGAUCUACGGUACCAUGAUAAACCAGAAGCUGCAGGAGUUUGAGGAGGAGGUGAAGCCUAUUGGAAACGUUCUGUCUCAGGCCACUUUAGAGCUCUAUUACGCCAUUAUAGCUCGCUUUUUGCCCACUCCAGCCAAGAUACACUACCUGUUCAACCUCAGGGACAUCUCCAAGGUGUUUCAGGGUCUCCUGAGAGCUCACCAAGACUUCCAUGACACCAAACACAGCAUCACCAGACUGUGGAUCCAUGAGUGCUUCAGGGUUUUCUCCGACCGGCUGGUAGACCACAGUGACAUGGAGGCCUUUGUUGCUCUGCUGGCUGAGAAACUGGGCUCGCUCUUCAACCUCACUUACCACAGCAUCUGUCCAAACAAACAGCCUCCAGUCUUUGGUGAUUUCAUGAGGGAGCCUCAUGUGUACGAGGACCUGCUAGACAUGAAGAGCCUCAAGAGUUUCAUGGAGAACCACUUAGAGGACUACAACCUGACACCUGGCGUAGUGCCCAUGGACCUGGUGCUCUUCCGAGAUGCCAUCGAACACAUAACCCGUGUGGUGCGUGUGAUCAGCCAGCCCAGGGGCAACAUGCUGCUGGUUGGUGUCGGGGGUUCAGGCAGACAGAGCCUCUGCAAGAUGGCCUCGUCCAUCUGCGAUUACCAGGUAUUCCAGGUGGAGGUCACCAAGCAGUACCGCAAGCAGGAGUUCAGAGAAGACAUCAAGAAGCUGUACCGUCUGACCGGUGUGGACAACAAACCCACAGUGUUCCUGUUCAAUGAUACCCAAAUUGUAGAUGAGUCCUUCCUGGAGGACAUCAACAACAUCCUGAGCUCUGGAGAGGUGCCUAACCUCUACAAGAAGGAUGAGUUUGAUGAGGUAUGCAGCGCCCUGUCAGACUCUGCCAGGACAGACAAUGUGAUGGAGACUCCUGAUGCCAUGUUCAACUACCUGAUAGAGCGAGUGAGAAACAACCUGCACGUAGUGCUCUGUAUGAGCCCAGUGGGAGAGCCCUUCAGGAACCGCAUCCGUCAGUACCCAGCGCUGGUUAACUGCACCACUAUCGACUGGUUCUGCGAGUGGCCCAGAGACGCCCUGCUGGAGGUGGCCGAGAGGUAUCUGGAUGGACUGGAACUGAGCUCCUUGGUUGGGAUCCAGACGAAGGUGGCCAGUAUCUUUGUGACCAUGCACCAGUCGGUGGCUCAGUUCUCUCAGAGGAUGAAGGUGGAGCUGAAGAGAAACAACUACGUGACCCCGACUAACUACCUGGAGCUGGUGUCUGGAUACAAGAAGCUGCUGGCAGAAAAGCGCAAUGAACUGGGGGAGCAGGUGAGCAAGCUGCGUAAUGGUCUGUUCAAGAUCGACGACACGCGGGAGAAGGUGGAGGGCAUGUCUGUGGAGCUGGAGGAGGCCAAGAAGCAGGUGGCCACGUUCCAGAAGCAGUGUGAUGAGUACUUGGUCAUCAUCGUCCAGCAGAAAAGAGAGGCUGACGAGCAGCAGAAGGCGGUGAGUGCUCACAGUGAGAAGAUUGGGGCCGAGGAAGUAAAGUGCAAAGAGAUGGCUGAGAAUGCCCAGAGAGACCUGGAUGAAGCCCUGCCAGCCCUGGAGGAGGCCAUGAAGGCUCUGGAGUCUCUGAAUAAAAAGGACAUGACGGAGAUCAAGUCAUACGGCCGUCCCCCAGCGCUGGUGGAGACAGUAAUGCAGGCUGUCAUGAUCCUCCAGGGCAAGGAGCCCACCUGGGCUGAGGCCAAGAGGCAGCUGGGCGAGGCCAACUUCAUCAAAACACUGGUCCACUUUGACAAGGACAACAUAUCGGACCGCGUGCUGAGGAAGAUCAGCCAGUACUGCAGCCAGGUAGACUUCCAGCCUGAGAUCAUCGGCAGAGUCUCACUGGCCGCAAAAUCCCUGUGCAUGUGGGUCAGAGCCAUGGAGGUUUAUGGGCGUAUCUACAGGGUGGUGGAGCCGAAGCGGGCCCGGCUGCACGGUGCCAUGGCUCAGCUGGCAGAGAAGCAGGCCGCGCUGGCUGAGGCCCAGAACAAACUACGAGAGGUAGGGGAGAAGCUGGACCAGCUGAAGAAGCAGUAUGAUGAAAAGCUGGCCAUGAAGGAGAGUUUGAGGAGGAAGUCAGAGGACAUGGAGGUCAAACUGGACCGAGCCGACAAACUGGUGUCUGGACUGGCUGGAGAGAGGGUCCGCUGGGAGGAGACAGUGGCUGGUCUGGAGGAGAACAUGGGCUUCCUUGUGGGAGACUGCUUGCUAGCAGCCUCCUUCCUCUCCUACAUGGGACCUUUCCUCUCCAACUACAGAGAUGAGCUGGUAACCAUCUGGAUGAAAGAGGUGAGAAACCUGGAGGUGCCAUGUUCCCCAGGGUUCAGUUUUUCAGUAUUCCUGUCCAAGCCCACAACAGUGCGGGACUGGAACAUCCAGGGCCUACCCUCAGAUGCAUUCUCCACUGAGAAUGGAGUCAUCGUCACCCGUGGCAACAGAUGGCCGCUGAUGGUGGACCCUCAAGGCCAAGCUCUGAAGUGGAUCAAGAAUAUGGAGAUGAAGAGAGGUCUGAAGGUGAUAGACCUUCAGAUGCCUGAAUUCCUGCGGGUUCUGGAGAACGCUGUCCAGUUUGGGAAUCCAGUUCUACUGCAGAACGUCAAGGAGGAACUCGACCCCUCACUCGCCCCAGUCCUCAACAAAUCCCUUACACGCAUUGGCGGCAGGCUGAUGUUGAAGCUGGGGGAUAAAGAAGUGGAGUACAGUCCAGACUUUCGUUUCUACAUCACCACCAAGCUGUCCAACCCCCACUACACCCCUGAGAUUUCCACCAAGACAACCAUAGUCAACUUCACUGUCAAGGAGCAGGGUCUGGAGGCCCAGCUGCUAGGUAUUGUGGUGCGUAAGGAGCGUCCAGAGCUGGAGGAACAGAAGGACUCUCUGGUGAUCAACAUUGCCUCUGGCAAGAGGAAGCUGCAGGAACUGGAGGAUCAGAUCCUCAGGCUGCUGAAUGAGGCUACAGGCUCACUGCUGGAUGAUGUGCAGCUGGUGAACACCCUGCAGACGUCCAAAGUGACAGCCACUGAGGUUUCAGAACAGCUGGAGAGCAGCGAACACACUGAGAUCAAGAUCGACGCCGCCAGAGAGGCCUACCGCCCAUGUGCCCAGCGAGCCUCCAUCCUCUUCUUUGUCCUUAAUGACAUGAGCCAUAUUGACCCCAUGUACCAGUUCUCUCUCGAUGCCUACAUUGACCUGUUCAGCCUCAGCAUGGAGAAGAGCCAGCGCUGCCACAAGCUGGAGGAGAGGAUUGCCAACCUCAACAACUACCACACAUAUGCUGUGUACAGGUACACCUGCCGUGGCUUGUUUGAGGUCCACAAGCUGCUCUUCAGCUUCCACAUGUGCGCCAAGAUCCUGGAGGUGGCUGGCAAACUCAACAUGGACGAAUACAAUUUCUUCCUCCGAGGAGGACUGGUGCUGGAUAGGAAGGAUCAGAUGGCCAACCCCUGUUCCAAAUGGUUGGCAGACUCCAACUGGGACAACAUCACAGAACUGAACAAGCUAAUCAACUUCAGCGGCAUCAUGGCCUCUUUUGAAAAGUACCCUAGAGACUGGCACGCGUGGUACACCAGCGAUGAGCCAGAGAAUGCCCCACUACCAGGUGAGUGGAAGAACAGCUGUGAUGAGUUCCAAAAGAUGCUGAUAGUGCGCUCGCUGCGUCAGGACCGCGUUUCCUUCUGCGUCACCUCCUUCAUCAUUAACAACCUGGGCUCUCGCUUUGUGGAGCCGCCCGUCCUCGACAUGAAGGCUGUUGUGGAGGACUCCACCACCAGGACUCCUCUGAUCUUUGUUCUCUCUCCUGGGGUGGACCCCACCGGAGCCCUGAUACAGCUGGCCGAGGCUUCUGGCAUGAGCAAGCACUUCCAUGCGCUAUCUCUGGGCCAGGGACAGGCCCCCAACGCCAGGCGCAUGAUUGAGGAGGGAGUGGUGAAUGGUCACUGGGUGUUUCUGGCCAACUGCCACCUUUCUUUGUCCUGGAUGCCUGAGCUGGACAAGCUGGUGGAGCAGCUGCAAGUACAGGAGGCCCACUCAAACUUCAGACUGUGGCUCAGCUCCUCACCGCACCCUGACUUCCCCAUUGCCAUCCUCCAGGCUGGCAUCAAGAUGACCACUGAGCCGCCUAAGGGUGUCAAGGCCAACAUGAAGCGUCUGUACCAGCUGGUGACGGAGUCUCAGUUCAGCCGCUGCUCACAGCCCGUCUUCUACAGGAAGCUGCUCUUCUCCCUGUGCUUCUUCCAUAGCAUCCUGCUGGAGAGGAAGAAGUUCCUGCAGCUGGGCUGGAACAUCGUCUAUGGCUUCAACGAUUCCGACUUUGAGGUGAGUGAGAGUCUGCUUAGGCUUUACCUGGAUGAAUACGAGGAGAUUCCCUGGGACGCACUGAAGUACCUUAUCGCUGGAGUCAACUAUGGAGGUCAUGUCACCGAUGACUGGGACAGACGUCUUCUCACCACAUACAUCAACGACUACUUCUGUAACACUGCUGUCACUGAGCCUUUCUUCAAGAUGUCCUCUCUGCCCACCUACUACAUUCCCCGUGACGGCAAUCAGUCUGCAUACAGGGAAUAUAUCAACCAGCUGCCACCCACAGAGCACCCUGAGGUGUUUGGGCAGCACCCUAACGCUGACAUUGCCAGCCAGAUUGCCGAGACCAGAACACUGUUCGACACCCUGCUCUCCCUGCAGCCCCAGGUCACCAGCACUACCGCCAUGGGUGCCGGGCCCAGUCGAGAAGACAAGGUGCUAGAACUGUCGGCAGACGUGCGUGGGAAGAUCCCACCGUUGAUUAACUACGAGGGCACCAGGACCCUCCUCCAGGAUGACCCUUCGCCUCUCAAUGUGGUGCUGUUGCAGGAGAUCCAGAGAUAUAACGCCUUGCUGCACACUAUCACUUCAUCCCUUGUAGAUCUGGAGAAAGGGAUCAAAGGCCUGGUGGUGAUGUCAUCCAGCUUGGAAGAGACCUUCAACUGCAUCUAUGAUGCCCGUGUGCCACCAUUAUGGGAGAAGGCGUACCCGUCUCUGAAGCCCCUGGCGUCAUGGACCAGGGAUCUUUGCCAGCGCGUGGAUCAGUUUGCGCGUUGGGCAGAGACGGCCAAGCCCCCCGUUCUGUUCUGGCUCUCUGGCUUCACCUUCCCCACCGGCUUCCUCACUGCUGUGCUGCAGUCCUCUGCUCGACAGCACAAAAUAUCAGUGGACACACUGUCCUGGGAGUUUAUAGUGUCCACGGUGGAUGACAGUUCCCUCCUCUUCCCACCCAAGGAUGGCGUGUUUAUCCGCGGUUUGUACCUGGAGGGCGCUGGUUGGGACAAAAAGAACUCCUGUCUUGUAGAGGCUGAACCCAUGCAGCUGGUGUGCCCCAUCCCAACCAUCCACUUCAAACCUGUCGAAAACCGCAAGAAGGCGGCCAAGAAUAUCUACCUGUGUCCGUGCUACUACUUCCCGGUGCGUUCAGGCGGAGCGGGACGAGCGUCCUUUGUGGUAGGGGUGGACCUCAAUUCUGGAGCUGUGACCCCGAACCACUGGAUCAAGAGAGGGACCGCUCUGCUCAUGAGCCUGGAUAACUAAAGGCCUUAACUUGCACACUGACACACACAUGCAUGCACACAUUAUUUUUCUAAUAUUCCCAUUUAAGUGCACAUGUGACAUUCAAAAGAAUGCUAUAUUUGUUUCUUCUGAUUGCUAUUCAUUUGUCUCCAGCCAUUAUUCAUGGCUUAAAGAAAUGUCAAACGAUUUCACUGCUGUACU